AAAGAAGAAGCCUAAUGUCAAACAAAAAACUAACCUUUUGUGAAUGUUUAUUAGUGAAAUUAAAGUUAUCGAAUUUUUGUAAAUAUUAUAUAGAUUCGUAUUUAUGAUUGAGAAUUUCCUCAAGCAUGACUUGCAUCGAUCAAAAUAAAAAAACGUGGGUAGGAAGUAGUAUUCAAGAAAUAUGCAACAAUAAAGAUAUUUGGAGUUUUAAUAUUACUCCUAUCAAUAUAUCACAGUAUCAUGCAGUAUUAUUUAAACUGCCGGUUACGUUGAAAGAGCCUCCGGAACCAUUUAAAUGUUCGGAACAAAAACAUUGGGACGAUGAUCACGUUCGAAUGCCCUAUUCUGACAAGAAUUUGUUUCCAGUUUGUGACAACGGCGUGGAAGCCAUUAAAUUACGUUGGAAAUUAAUAAAGAAUACUUUUCAAAACGUACAAAUAAAUAAUAGUUAUGAAUUAGAGGCAGCUAUACAUACAUACAAUUCAUCUAUGCCCAGUUUUACUGCAUUACAUCAGUAUUUUGAAGAUAUGGAAGAGGAAGAAACAAAUCACUUCUACGAAGGACUAUUACCCAAAAUUAUAUCUCUAGCUUUAAAUUUACCACAAAUCCUACCCGGUAACAUACCUUUAUUGAAACAACAUCACAAUAGAUCUGUGAGUUUAUCUCAAUAUCAAGUAGCUUCUUUAUUAGCAAACGCAUUUUUAUGCACAUUCCCUUGGAGAAAGUCUACGGCUGUCACUUAUCCUGGAGUAAAUUUUGCUAGUUUAUUUAUAGCAGACAAAAGACCGAAAAGGCAAAGUUGUAUAUUUGAAAAGUUCAAGUGUAUUUUCAAUUACUUUAGAAUGGUUACAACAUCACCACCUUUAGGUGUUAUCACUUUCGAGAGAAAGCAUACACCCAAGUCUCUUAUGCCAAGAUGGGACACUUUAGAUAAUAAUAUAGGUCACACGAAAAUACAUAUUGAUAGUUCAGGUACUAUAGAAGACAACGGUCUCGGAUUUUUGCAAGUUGAUUUUGCCAAUAAAAAUAUAGGUGGUGGUGUAUUGAGAUAUGGCUGUGUACAAGAAGAAAUAAGAUUUGUUAUAUGUCCAGAAUUAAUCAUUACAAGAUUAUUUAUUGAGCAACUCACAGAUCUUGAAGCAGUGGUAGUUACAGGUGCUCAACGUUUCAGUAAUUACUCAGGAUAUGGUGAUACGUUCGUUUGGGAAGGUCCUCACAAUGACCUAACUCCUUAUGAUGAAUACGGAAGGAGACGUACGAGUAUAUCUAUAAUUGACGCAACCAGAUAUACUAAAUCAUCCCAACAAUUUUAUCCAUCAGCAAUGUUAAGAGAACUGAAUAAGGCGUACGUUGGAUUCAGUACCAGAGAUAAAUCAAAUUUAUCACCAGUAGCAACAGGAAAUUGGGGUUGCGGUGCUUUUAAUGGUAGUCUGUAUUUGAAGUCGCUGUUACAGUUGAUGGCCUGUAGCGGAUCCGGUAGAAAUUUGGUAUAUUACACUUUCGGAAACGACCAAUUCAGAGACGAUUUUUACGAAAUUUACACGUUUUUAGCUACAAAUAAUAUUAAAAUAGAACAACUUUGGAAGAUUCUUUGCGGUUUUAGUUUAUCAUCGAAAUCUGAAGAACAACUCUAUCCGUUUAUUCAACAAGCUUAUUUUGAUAGCAAGAAACAACCGAGCGUCAAAUCGUUUUUGAAAACCGAAGAAGCCGGAACUUCUAAUUCCUUAAAACCAAAAAAUUUUUAUUUAAAUAACAAAAAAAUUAAUAAAAUAAACGACGAACAAUUAGAUAUGAUGUGGAACACAACCAACACCACAGAACGUUUGUUCGAUGAAGAAAUGAUUGAUGAAAGUGAUAAAUUAGAAAAAUGUAAAAAUGAAACAAGGGAAACGUUACCCAACAGAAUCAAAGAAAAGAUGCCCAAAAUUGAUAUAGGAGAUUUAAUAGACGAAAUGGACGGACACACGACUAACAAAAAUCGAGAAUUUGCCAAUGAUUCUCUCUUAAAUCAAAUUGAUAAAUUAUCCAAGAAUUCGAGAAUAUGUGAACCCAGUGUUAUAGAGUGUAAGGAAACUAUGGAGAUUGUUGAUGUUUCUCUUAACAAUGCGAAAUCAAAACGGAAGAUAUCCGAUUAUUUUUCAAAAGUUACGUAACACAACAGAGUUAAAAACAUCACAAAAUGAAGUAGAGCUUUAGCCUUCCAAAGAACAGUUCCACUUUUGUAAAAUUUAAUUGAAUAAAUUAUUUUUAUUAUCAAUGUCCUUGUCUGACCCAAAAAGCAAAAAAGGUAGCAGUACUCCUUGGUGGAAUAGCCAACUGUCCAAGUUUUCCUACUCCCCAUAUGAAGAAAACAAGAUAAGAAGCAUUACUCCUUAGUAAAAUGACCAACUGUCCAAUUUUUAUUGAUGCCGAUACGAAAAGGCAAAAAGGUAGCAUUGUUCUUUGGUGGGUUGACCAUCUGUCCAAGUUUCCCUGAUCCCUAUACCAUAAAGAAAGAAAUGUAACAUUGUUACUUAGUGGGCUGACCAUCUGUUCUUGUUUUCCUGGUCCCCAUACCAUAAAGAAAGAUAGGUAACAUUACUACUUGUUGGGAUGACCAUCUGUCCAAGUUUCCCUGAUUCCCAUACCAUUAAGAAAGAAAGGUAACAUUGUUCCUUGUUGGGAUGACCAUCUGUUUAAGCUCCUUGGUUAAAUGACCACCUGUCUAAGUGAAGAGAUAUUUAUACCUGUGGCUGCAAGACCAUAAUGUUUGAUGAAAAGUAGAAUCCAUACAAUAAUGGCAGUUUUAAAAAUUUGCCAAUUUAAGCAAUAGUAUUUUUUCCAACCA